CGCCCGGGCGCGCCGAAUGUUCCUGUUCUCAGGCCACGGCGCCCAGGCCACUCCCCUGGCACGGACGCCGAGCUCGCUGCCCUCUCCUCCACCACAGCAAGCAGCCUCGCACGAUCAGAGCACAGCAUGGCCGAGCACGCAGCGUCCAGCUCGGCAGCGGCAGUCGAGGCGGCAGCCGGCGCGCUGUGCAGUGCACCAGGAGCCGAUCUACGACCAGGCGCCGCUCCCGUGCGCCCGCUGCAGCCGGCAUCCAUCGCUUCGUCGUCGGCACAGGCCGCACUCGACGCUCCCAUGAUGCCUGGAGACGGCCCGCACGACUGCGACUCGUCCGGACUGGAGCUGCUCGAAAAUGCUGCCGAAGAGGAGUGCGAGGAGGAAGGCGACGACGAGGCGGCUGCUUUCUACGAGCAAGCGUGCGUGCUGUAUCCCGACGAGCAGCUGGAAGAGAUGCUUUACACCCUGCGAGAGCGCGGCUUCCUGCACUUCAUCCGCACCUACGUCCGGCCCGACGUGUCUGUGCGCGCUAUCCAGCUGCUGCUCGUCCGGUUGGGCUCCCUGCUGCCGCGCAACGUCCGCGAAGACGCCGAGCGGCCAUUAGUGCUCGGCGUGCUGCGAGCCGUGCUGAUGCGCAUCCUGCGUCGGCGCGAGAAGCUGCCGCAGUACAACAGCGUCGAUGAUGCCGUGGCGCUGCUUCGUCGCUCUCGCCGCAUCGUAGUCCUCUCCGGCGCCGGCAUCUCCGUCAGCUGCGGCAUUCCUGACUUUCGCUCCAAGGACGGCAUCUAUGCGACUCUCAUGCGCGAGGGCAAGUAUGACCUAGCAGAUCCUCAAGAGAUGUUCGACAAGGAGUACUUCAUGUCCGACCCCGCGUGCUUCUUCAGCUUCGCGCACCGUAUCUUUCCCUCUAACUUCACGCCCUCGCCGACGCAUCGCUUCAUCAAGCUGCUCGAGGAGCGCGACGUGCUGCUGCGCGACUAUACCCAGAACAUCGACACGCUCGAACAGCAGGCUGGCAUCACUCGCGUGCUAAACUGCCACGGCUCAUUCGCCGAAGCGAGCUGCACGAACCCGCUGUGCGGCUACUCAGUCGCGGGCAGCGCGAUCAAAGAGGACAUCUUUGCGCAGCGCGUGCCGUACUGUCCUCGCUGUCAUGCACCUGCGCCGCCAAAGGCCAAGGCGAAAGCGAAAGGCAAGAGCAAGGGCGGCUGGAACGAUAACGACAGCGACUCGGACGAGGCUGAGCGCGAUGCAAGACCGGCUGGGUGGGGGGUGCUCAAGCCAGACAUCGUCUUCUUCGGCGAGAAGCUGAGCGACAAAUUCGACCGCUGCCUGUUCGAGGAUCGCGAGUCCGUCGAUCUCGUCAUCAUCGUCGGCACGGCGCUCAAGGUGGCGCCAGUCUCCGAGCUCAUCGGACACAUGCCGCACAGCGUGCCUGUGCUGCUCAUCAACCGCACGCCUGUGCUGCACAUCCAGUCUGACAUUCAGCUGCUCGGUGAUGCGGAUGUCAUCGUGCAGUACCUCUGUCAGCGCUUAGGCUGGACAUUGCCUGCCGCGCCGACGGGAACGGUCGCGUCUGCGAGUCAGAGCAACGUCGACAUAGCGAGAUUGGACAUCGAGCCGCAAGAGAGCGUGCGGUGAGCACGGCGCGCUCGUCCCUCGUGCGCUUUCCUGCUGAAAACCAGCCGCAGGCCGCACAUGUGGCUCUUUCCCGGCGCGGACCUGACUUCGCUACAAGGCCCACCUGGCCCAUCGUCGCCGACCGACUCGGCAGA